AUGGCAGGGCGCGAUGGGAGCUCUGCAGAACGUGAUUCGAGGUCGGAAGGGGAUUGGGAUGAGUAUGGGGAUGAGUAUGGGGAGGAGGAUGGGAGGGAGGGGAGGGACGAGAGGGAUAGGAGGGAAGGGAGGGAAGUUAGGGAAGGGAGGGAGGGGAUGGAGGGACAGAGAGGGAAGGAUGAGAGGGAGGAGGAAGAGCGGGAGGAGGAGGAGGAGGAUGUUUUUCCAGAGCAAGGGGGAAGGAGAAGAGAGGCUUAUUCACACGCACAGGGGUUUAUGGAGCAAGGAGGAGAGGACAUAGGCGCGAGGGCGUGGGAGGAGGAGGAGGAGGAAAGGCGAUCUUGGAUGGGUGGGCAGGAGGAGGGAGGGAGGGAUGGAGCAGGAGGAGGGGUGAGUGGUGCUUUCAGGGAGUUGGGUGGUGGGAUGGUGCAGGGUGGUGAGGAGGAGGGGGUGAAGGGGAAGGGCAAGAAGGGGAUAGCCAAGGGUGAGAAGGUUAAGAAGGUGAAGAAGAAAGGAAAGGAGGAGAAGGAGGAGGGGAAGGAAGAGGAGGGUAAGGGGAAGAAAGUAGUAAAGGUGAAAAAGCAGGGGAAGGAGAAGGAGGGGAAGGAGGAGGAAGGGAAAGAGAAGGAAGGGAAGGAGAAGGAAGGGAAGGAAAAGGAGGGGAAGGUUGACAAGGUGAAGAAGAUUAAGAAGAAACUGCAUCUGCAGCAGCCAUUGCAGCAGGAACGGGAUGAAGGGGAGGUUUUCGACCGUCAGAUGGAGCAGUACAAGCGAUCACAGUCGUUGGAUCAUGGCAAACAUGCCGCCCAGCUAGCAUCGGCUUCGGAGCAUACCCUGCCACACAAUCUGAGCUUUGUGUCGCCGCCACAUCAUUAUCCGAAUCAAAUCUCCACCCCGCACCGUGUCUUGCCGCCCAGUAACAUCUGCCCGCCGCCCCGCCAUGUGUCACCGCCAGCCAAUUGCGUCUACCCGCCGCCCAAUCACGUCUCCCCGCCCCAUUACGCCCCCAUGCAACAACACGCAUCGCCGGCCAAUCACAUACCUCCAGCAUACUACACGGCACCAUCGCCACGUCAUCACGGCAUGGGACAAGGCACGGGACAAGGAAUGGGACAAGGCAUGGGACAAGGCAUGGGGCAAGGCAUGGGACAAGGGAUGGGACAAGGGAUGGGACAAGGGAUGGGGCAAGGGAUGGGACAAGGGAUGGGACAAGGGAUGGGGCAAGGCACAGGCUAUGGCAUGGAGCAUGGGGUCGAAAUGAUGGCAGCAACAGGCAAUCAUGGCCGGAUGGGGAGCGAUAUGAGCCAUGGCAUGGGGCAAGGCAUGGGCUAUGGCAUGGAGCAUGGGGUAGGUAUGACGGCAGCAACAGGUCAUCAUGGCCGGAUGGGGAGCGACAUGAGUCAUGGCAUGGGGCAUGAGCAGGAAUCCCAAACUCCCUAUGGGAUAGGUAUGAUGGCAGCAGCAGGGCAUCAUGGCCGGAUGGGGAGCAACAUGAGCCAUGGCAUGGGGCAAAGCAUGGGGCAUGAGCAGCAGGAAUGCCAAACCUCCAAUGAAACACCUCACAAGUCUUUUGGGGCGCAACUGACAUCCUUUGAGGCCCCUUCGAAGAUGGGAUGGGACUCGAGGCGUGGCGUAGGAAUGCAUGAAGGGCAGAGACAGCAUCUGGAGGUUGGGAUGGGUGAGGAGGAGCGAAGCGGUGGUGGUGGUGAUGGGAGGCCGGCGGACAGUUGGCGGAACGUGAUUGGCCGGCCGUUGGAGCGGGUGGAGGAGAGAUACGAGAUGGUGGGGGAGGUGCUUGGGAGGGGGUACUUUGGGGAUGUGGUGGUGUGUCGAGAGCGGCGCACAGGAGAGUACAUGGCAUGUAAAGUGAUCAAGAAAGCAAACAUCAUGAGUGAGGACGAUGCAGAGGAUGUGAUGAACGAGGUGGCGGCGUUGGACAUGGUGCGAGGGCACCCUCAUAUUGUGCAGCUUGUAGAGACAAUAGAGGACGAGCAGGCCAUCUACCUCAUUCUCGACCUCUGCGAGGGCGGCACACUGCAGCAAGCCGUCCGGAACGAGGGGCCCUUAAACGAGCGGCGGGCGGCAGCAGUUUGUCAGGGAGUGGCGGCGGCGCUCCAGUGGUGCCACGGGUGUGGUGUGAUGCACAGGGAUGUGAAGCCAGACAACAUCCUGCUUGUCAGGCGGGGGGACGACAGCUACGUCAAGCUGGCUGACUUUGGCAUCUCGCUCUUCUUCCAGCAAGGUGUUCCUUGCAGAGAAACAGUGGGUUCAGCAGCCUUCAUAGCCCCGGAGAUGCUGCAGCAUUCGUACACCCACACCGUCGACGUCUGGUCCCUCGGCUGCGUGCUCUUCUUCCUCCUAGCGGGGGUCGUGCCCUUCCGAGGCGCCUCCAAGGAGGAGACGUUCGAGCGAAUCAUGGAGUGCCACGUGGACAGGGCCAUGCGGUUACCGCCGUGGCCAAGAGUGUCGCCCGGGGCUAAGGACCUGGUGCGGCGGCUGCUGACAAGGGACCCCCAGGAUAGAAUCACCCUUGAGGAAGUUCUAUGUCACCCCUGGGUCACUGGCAACUGA